GAUUUCAAAACAUGUAGAGACAUGAUCGUAGACAGCUGAGUGAACAAGGUAGAUCUGGAAAAAAGCUAAUUUAUCUAACAACCGUCGGUUAUCUGACUAAUCCAGGAAAUACAUGUACAUAAUGGAUCAUACAGCUCAGUUGAUUAACUUUUAUAAGACAUAAUACAUACCGGUAAUAAUUAUAUAUUGGACAAAACAACUGUUCGAUAAGGGAACAUUCUCAGGAUGGAAAAUGGGACUGCAUCUACUACAGAAGAGGGUUUCCUCUCCAGAAUGGCCCUCAAUGACAAAGCUGGUAAGGAGGGUCUUGACAGGGACAAGAUCAACAAGAUCAUCAUGGAGACAUCCAAGGGAUCAAGGUUUUAUGAGAAUGAGCUGAAGAGGGAGCAGCAAGUGAACCAGCGAAUUGAGAAAAUGAUGCUGCAAAAGGCAAAGAUUACAGAGGAACAAUUAAGAAAGCAAAAGCUCAGGUAAAAUGUGGAGAGGGUCACCUCUGAGCUGGAGAGAAGACGUGAUCUUGGUCAUGUGAUCUGUACAUGUGGGACACUGGAUGCUUUUUAGCCUGCUGUCGAGAUGAGGGACUGUCCUGAGCUCAAGGACAAACCAAUGGCUGUGGGAUCCAUGAGUAUGCUGUCAACAUCUAACUACCAUGCCAGGAAGUUCGGUGUUCGAGCUGCUAUGCCUGGCUUUAUUGCAAAAAAACUCUGCCCGAACUUAGUGAUUGUUCCAACCAACUUUGACAAAUACAGAGCUGUCAGUGAAGAGAUACGGGAGAUUUUUGCUGAGUAUGACCCUCACUUCCAGCCUAUGAGUCUGGAUGAAGCCUAUCUGAAUUUUUACAGACCACCUGGAACAGAGGAAGAGCUGGCAGAGUCCUCACGUACACAUUAUUUCUCUGCCAGUCGGACCACUACAGGUGAUUGCACAGAAGGAAGUUCAUCAGAAUACAGUAGAAGACACAAGGGACUCUCUCCUGAUCUGUUCGAGGAUAGUCCAAGCUCCUCUCCUGUCUUGUCCAGUUCUGGAGGUGGCUGCUGCUGGUGAUGCAUUUGAAGUGUUGGGACAUCUGUGGAGGAGGCUGUGAGAGAGAUGCGCUUCCGCAUUGAGCAGAGGACCAGGCUAACUGCAAGUGCAGGCAUUGCUCCAAACAUGAUGCUUGCCAAGGUGUGCAGUGACAAGAACAAGCCUAACGGCCAAUACCGACUCCCCUCCACCAGAGAGGCAGUAAUGGACUUCAUCCAGAACCUCCCAGUUCGUAAAGUGUCUGGCAUAGGGAAAGUGAGUGAGAAGAUGCUAAAUGCACUGGGCAUCAGUACAUGUUCUCAUCUUGGUCAGCAGAUGGCAUUGUUGUCAUUGUUGUUCUCUGAGACAGCAUGGACUCACUUCAUGGAGGUUUCCUUGGGUUUGGGCUCAACAUAUAUCCCAAGGCAUGAAGAAAGAAAAAGCAUGAGCACGGAAAGGACAUUUAAAGAACUGAGUAGAGCUGAGGAUCAGUUUGCUUUAUGUAAGACUCUCUGUGAAGACUUAGCUGAAGACAUGAAGAAAGAAGGCCUGAAGGGUAAAACAGUAACACUGAAGCUGAAGAACGUGAACUUUGAGGUGAAAACGAGGGCUUUGACAGUGCCAUAUGCUGUUGCCACAGUGGAUGAGAUCUUUGCUGUUGCUAAGGACCUCCUAAAAACUGAAAUAGAAAACGUAACCCCCCAGCCACUCAGACUGAGGCUCAUGGGUAUAGAGGGUUCUGCUUUUGUCAGUUCAGAUGACAAAAAGCCGCUGCAGAAGAGCAUCAUUGGUUUCCUUCAAUCAGGCAAGACGGACUGUAUUGACAGUGGGCCGUCCCAAGAAUGUGAAAAACUGGACAAAGAGCAUCUAUCCAGUCAGCCCAUCCAAACAUUGCCUCUCACAGGUCUCCCUCCUGUGCAGAAUUGCUUUGAAUUACCCUGGCGGACUAAGCAGGGAGGUGGAAAGACCACCAAGGAACCUCAGCAGUCUUUCUUCCAAAGGGCCCAGGCUAAGAGACUGCAACUGCAGGCAGUAAAUUCAACCACACAGGAGGCGGAGCAUGGGGAAAGAGCUCCUGUGAUUACUUCCACAGGCAAUCACACGGAUAAGAGCAUGGAGACAUCAACAACAGUGCAAGAGUCAAACAGUAACACAGCCUCUUGUGUGUCACAGAAGGACAUUUCCCCUUCACCAGAGCCCUGUACAUCCACUUCAGGCUGUGGUGGCCCAGUCUCCAAGAACUUCACCUGUCCUGUGUGUUUCACUCAGAUCAAAACAACUGACUUAAAUAUCUUCAACAGACAUAUAGACCUUUGUCUCACAGAUGGCACAAGGAAGCCAAACCAAAAAAUAUAUCCUGACUCUGAGUCGGAUUGGACUCGGAGAACAGCAGAAUGCAUGGGCAAUGAUGGACGCGUGGAGGGGGCGUAUUCAACAGCAGAGGUUAGAACACCCGUGACUCUAAUCAAACUGUUAUCAAUGGUGACAGUGGUGCAGGUGACCCCAAAGCAGCCUCAGGCAUGUAAUGAUAAAUGUCCCGUCCUCAUCUGCCCGGUGUUUCACACGACACAGGACACGACCGACCUCACUAUUAACCACCACGUUGACCUCGGCUUGAACCAGGAAGUGUUGCACGAGCUUCAGGGACAGACAUUAACUCCCAUGAACCCCCUUCAGUUGCAGUCGCAACAACAAGCCAAUAGUCAUCUCCUGCUAAGGCAAGCAAGUAAAGGCAAAACCAAAAGACGAGACUCUCCUUCUUCUCCUCCAUCUAAAAAGACUAAAGGGCUCGCUCCUCGCAACAAUGACAAGUUCUUCAGGUGACAGUCAUGCACACGGAGUAUCCAUCCCAUUCUUACCUGGAGAUGUGCAGAAAGUAGAUACUACAGUAAAUGGAAUAUUUAUGUGCCAUCAUUUAUGCUUAGACUCUUCUACUGGAAUU